CUCGCCCACUAGGGAGGACUCGUUGAUCCGCUUUCGUACCUAUAGUUGCAACCUUGUGGCAGAAUUAAUAAAAUACAUUUAAAAAAUACGGUAUGGAUAGCGAAAAACUUAUAACAUUAGUCCAAGAAAGGAAAAGUCUUUGGGAUCAAAAAGAAACAAAUUACCAUGUGAGGAGUGUUCAAAAAGCGUUGUGGCAACAAGUUUCGAAAGAAAUAAAUGAACCAGUUGAAGCGCUCAAGAAGAGAUGGAGAGGAUUGAGAGACACGUUUCGAAAGGAAUUAAAAAAAGAGAUUAAUUCGAAAAGUGGUGCUGAUGAUUCUCAAAGAUCGUCAUGGCCUUUUUUCAGGCAGUUAUAUUUUUUAGCUGAUACCAUCCAGUUAGGGCAUACGGAAAGUGGUGUACCACCGGCCGAAGAAGAAGAAGAGUCUCUUUCUGACUCCCUCCACGAGCAUCAGUGCCACUCCACUGCUCCUCAAUGUACAGCUUUGGCAACCCCUUGGGCUCAGGGAGAAGUAUUUGGCGAUAACCAUGAAACCUCGAAGUCAAAAGCAAAGAAGUCCAUUAAAAGUCCAUUAAUAAAAAAAAUGAAAUUCUCCCGGGAUCAGUCCUCACGCAAUGAAGACAGAUUCCUCGAACUGGAAUCUAGAAAGGCCAAUUGCUGUGAAGAAGGAGGACAACAAAACAAAUACGGGGAUAAACAAUUCCUGGAUAGCUUACUGCCAUUUUUAACCGAUAUUCCAAAAAACAGAAAACUCAUCGCGCGAACCAACAUAAUGAAGGUAAUAAUUGAGGAAUUGAAUCGAAAAGAAAGUUCACACGAUAAUUAUCCACUUUCUCAUACUUCUGUUUCAACGAACGCUCCCAAUACACCCGCAAGCACGAUUUUUGCUGAUAGUGAUGAAAACUCAGCAGACUGUUUUCCUUAGUUCCACCCUUCUAUGUAAAUAAAUUAACAUUCUUUUAGUUAUGGAAACGUUAUUGCGAACAUUCCGAAAUAUUACUGCAAAAAAAUUAACUACUAAAAUUUGUGAAUGAAUUUGUGCGAGGAAUAAAAAAAUGGUAUGAGAUUUAAAAGAAAAAAUUAAAGAAUUUUGGUUGGCCAUAAUUCCCAACAAAUCCAAAAUUGCGGCAAAUAUAUUUUUUUUUUUAAAUAUGAUGGGAAAGAUGAGGUUGAAUAUAUGAUAAAAUAGUACAAAUUACAUUAGGGUUCAAGAAUGCCAUGAAAACUGCUCUAUAAAAAGCGGUUCGCACUAUAUUCGCAGCUGGCAUAGACGUUUGAAAGAAGACAAUAGUGGAGGCUAUGCUUCUUCAAUGGCUGUGGAGACCAAAAUGAAUGGAUGAAUGAUUAGUAUGAUUGGGCCAACUCAUAUCAUCCAAAGAA